CGGCGGUCCAAUGUGUGACCUUGCAGUGUUUGUAAACAGACACACGUUGCCGUCGCGAACUGUUACGAAGGAUCGCCAUCGCGAGCCACCCCGUGUUAUUGUUGUGCCCGAGGAAGUGCGAGGGACGCGCGCGCGGGUCAGCAAAUGGAGAUGGAGCCGAUGUGCAUCGUGGAGAACGAGACGGAGGGAUCUCGCGGUGAUCGGAAAGAGGGGGGCAAGAGGGGACGCAAGCCUGGAAGAAAGGCGGCGGACAGGGCGGACAUGAAGGCUAAGCUCGAACGAAGCCGGCAGAGUGCGAGGGAGUGUCGCGCUCGUAAGAAGCUGAGGUAUCAAUACCUGGAGGAGCUCGUAGCCGAUCGUGAGAAAGCAGUGAUUGCCCUUCGAAAGGAGCUCGAGAUGUAUCGUCAGUGGACGCAAGAAUUGGACUCCGGACAAGUCCCCGAAGGACUACAGGCGAUGUUGGAGGAAUUCGGCUCGAUGAAACGCGAACAGUCCGGCAGCAACUAAGCUGAGGCAAGGAGGCAAGGAGGAAGUGACGUCCAGCAGUUUAUGUUGUUACUUCUGUCGAAAUAUCUCCCUCCCGCGUAGUCGAGCUUAUUUUCCGUCUUCUCUUCCUUUCUCUUUCUCUUUCACGAUUCUUCGAGGCAAUAAGGAAUAAUUGGCUUGUAAUUUGAAAUUUUCUCUUUACUGUCCUAUUCUCCUAUUCGAUCUCUUAAAGAAAUUGCGAAUGUAGUCGAUACUUCGGUUUUUUUCGAGAUUUUUUCGUUUUCACUAGACUAAAGGAAUUCUGCCUGCUAUUUUUCUCUCGAUUGUCUCACGAAAGGUGGAAUCGUUUUCGAUUACCUCGUUACCUCAUGUGUUACUUUUUUUAUGUACGUACGUUUUGUUAUCGUCGUGACUCGUUGACACAUAUUUUUUAUGCUUGUUGAUUAAGGACAUUGAACGGUCGAUUAUCUACGGCCUCACGCUUGAAAUAUACCUCCCUCAUUGUACGAUUGUUGCGGUGUAAGAACGUAUAGAUAUAUCGCUGUUAUUGUACGCCUCGAAGGAAAAAAAAACAAUCGUUGUGUAUCAUACAAAGUCUAUUCAGUAUUGUCUGUUUAAAGAGCGUCGUUGCGGGAGCUUCUCGUUAACUGUUUGCCAAUUUGUUUAAACUGUACUGAUACACGGUAUUCUUGUACUGUGAGAAAUUAUCAUUUUGUACAAAUCAGCGCCAUAACAAAAGUUAAUUCGUAUAUGUGUGCACGGAAGAGUCUAAUUAUCGAAUAAAACCGAUAUUUUUCGAUUAAAAUUA